AGCUGCCACGAACAUUACGCGAAGCCGCGAUGACGCCACCAAAGCUGUCAGAUGAGACAUGAAGCGGAAACGGCAAGACAGAAAACGUCUAUUUUCUCUUUUCUCUGCCCCUUUCCUUCCAUCCAUCCUGUCAGGCUGCUGCUGGGUGGUUCGAUGGAGACAUCCCUCCCCUCUGCGCGUAAACAGCCUCCGUGGGGCUCAUUACUGGAAAGCCAAGGGGAUGAGCCUUCCAGAGAAGAUACCCUGGCUGGUAUCUGAUCCACUGUGGUGGGGGGGAUAUAGAGGAAAUGCGCUCCCUAAUCCACGCAGACCAGAGGACAUGUCUCCGAUAAACGCGAGCCUGUGGAUGGCUGUGGCGAUGGAGAGCGCGGACUUUACGCACGGACCCCUUUCCGGUAACGAGACGCCGGCGCAGCAUUCACAAGCGGCCACUGCCCAUACAGCGAUCGCUUUGCCUGUUUUCAUGUUUGCCGGAGGCGCCAUUGGGAAUUUGAUCGCAAUAGUCGUCCUGUCGGUGUCCAAACAGGAGAGGAAGUCCUCCGCCUUCUACACGCUGCUGUGCGGGCUGGCGGUGACGGACCUGCUGGGCACCUGCCUGGCCAGCCCGCUCACCAUCGCCAACUACCUGGACCUCCGUGUGCUCGAGCACCGGCACGUCUGCGAGUUUCAGUCCUUCCUGCUGCUGUUCUUCGGUUUGACCGGGCUGAGCAUCAUCUGCGCCAUGGCGGCGGAGCGGUACCUGGCCAUCUGCUGCCCCUACACCUACCAGCGCUGGGGGGUGGACAGACGCUUUGCGCAGAGGUUCCUCCUCUUCAUCUACAUCAGUCACAUCUUCUUCUGCUGCCUCCCGAUGAUGGGCAUGGUGCAGAGCCGGCUGCAGUCCUCCAAAACCUGGUGCUUCAUCGACUGGACGACUGAGAUUUACUCCAUCCUGUACGGCGUGGUGAGCCUGCUGCUCAUCCUGGGCACCAUCGUGCUGAACCUGGCGGUGUGCGGGGCGCUGCUGCUGAUGCGCCAGAGGACCGUGCAGUGGCCCGUGUCCAGAGCCAGCGUCCGGCAGAGGUGGAAGGCUCUGUCCUCGGCCGCAGAGACGCAGAUGAUGGCGGUGCUGGUGAUGACCUCCGCGGUGGUUCUGGCCUGUUCAGCUCCACUGGUGGUCCGAGUGUUCGCAAACCGCUUCAUGAAGAUAAAUGACCUCGAAGCUGACCUGGCAGCCAUUCGGAUCGCCUCUGUCAACCCCAUCCUGGACCCCUGGAUCUACAUCCUCCUCAGAAGGUCUCUGUUCCGACGGCUGCUCAGUUUGUCCAGACGAGGCAGCAGCACUCGCAGCAACGCCUCCUCGUCGCCACAGAGGAAUCUGUUUUAUCCUGAUAUCAUGAGGGACAGCCACGUGUUCACCCAGCUCAUGUGCAGCGCAAACAUCAUCACUCAGCUCCCCGCCACUGUCAAGAACACUCCCCGCGACACGGAGAGCCUCCAACCGACUUCAAACACGGCAGACUGAGGACACGGCCAACAUCUGUGGAUGUUUGCUGCUCGAUGCCGGCGACUCGGUUUCAGAGGUGUCCCGUGUGAGAUGGAAACACAGUGAGGACUUUGAGGCUCACAGCUGGACGGAGCCUCUCAGAGCUCCUGUUGGAUUAUUUAUUCAACAGAGACAGAGGCCGGCGCUGACUUCAUCUCUGCAGAGACACGGGACUGAUGAGAAAAACUCAGCAGACUUUAUUUUUUUAACUUUGACUUGUCGUCCACUCUCUCCUCGUUCCACCAGGUUCCACAGCUGCAGGUAGAUUGACAGCUCAUCUCAUCUGGAGCCAGUUCUCAAGGCUCUUAGGAGGUCUAGAGUUAAAAGGCAUGUGCUCAUACAUCAGUGAGGGAGCAUGGUAAGAGUCUGUGUUAACCAGAAACUGAGUGAGACCCAUCACAUGUGUUUUUAUGUGACGUGACUUUGGGACAACUCCUCAGGAGAAACACUGAGAUGACAUCUGUUUGCAGUAAAGAUUCUUAUUUGCAAUAAAACUCAGACUGA